GGCACGGCCCCAGGCCCAGGCCCAGCUGGGAGCCCCCCAGCCACUGCAUGACCUGGAGAAGUCCCGGGGCUGUGGGCCACGAGCCCAGCACCUCCCGGGUUUCCCCCGGCCUCCAGCUGCCGGCAGCGCUGAGCUCUCCCACGGCCCAGCCCUCCCGGGGCUGGCACCUGGCGCUGGCAUGCUGCACGGUGGCAGAGCUGCUGUCCACCUGCGAGCCGGCCCUUCUCCCCGCCUGGGCAAGGGUUUAAAUCCUGGGUGGCACAGCCCAGGCACCAGACCAGCUCCUGCAGCACCAUGGAGCCAGCGGGCAUCACCUUCCUCCUGGGGCUCCUCAUCCUCUGGGCUCAGCUGCCAGGCGCCCUGGGGCAGGGCGAGGGAGGUAAGCACAGAGUGGGGCUGCCCCCUCAUCCCCAGCCUGUCCUCUCAGCCGCACCCCUGUCCUCCCCAGGUCCUGGCUGGAUAGAGCCCCGGCUCCGGUGUCCUGUCUCUGCUGCAGGUAAAGAAGGAGAGUGCCCAGCUGGCGAGGUCAAGGCCGUGCCUCCCUCCAGGGUCUACUGCCUCUCGGACCGCAGCUGCCCGGGGGCUGAGAAGUGCUGCAGCAGGGAGCACCUGCGAGCCUGCCUGCUCCCUGCCACCGUGUCCCCAGGCUACUGCCCACGGUCCAGCCCACAGGAGGUGGGCACGGGGAGCUGUGCGGCCAGCUGCUCCAACGACACGGCGUGCCCCACGGGGCAGAAGUGCUGCGCUGAGGGCUGCUGCGCUCGCUGCCACUGCCCCGAGCCAGCCAAGCCCGGCGUUUGCCCUCGGAAGCCAGCCUCCCCGGACUUCGCCCCCUGCCCCAACCGGUGCGAGGACGACAGGACCUGUCCUGGGGACAAGAAAUGCUGCUUCACUGGCUGUGGCCUGGGCUGCGUGAGCCCCUACAAAGAGAAGCCGGAGGAGUGCCCGGCCGUGCCGACAGCGCAGCCCAAGGGGCCAUGCCUGGACGCCUGCCUGGACGACUCCGAGUGUCCGGGGGACGAGAAGUGCUGUGAUACUGGCUGCGGCCACCACUGCCAAGCUCCGCACUCAGCCAAGCCGGGCACCUGCCCGCUGCUCCUGCGAGGCUCCCUUGGGCCCUGCAUGGAGACGUGCCAGAGCGACUGGGACUGCGCCGGGGCGGAGAAGUGCUGCAGCACCAGCUGCGGCCACAUCUGCAAGCCGCCCGUCGUGGUGCGGCCUGGGCUCUGCCCUGCCCCUGCCAGAAAGGACGAGGCCGAGGACUGCUCCCUCCUGUGCGGCCAGGACAGCGAGUGCCCGGCGGGCGAGAAGUGCUGCCUGCUGAGCUGCGGCCGUGCCUGCGUCCCCCCGGUCGUGCAGGAGAAGCCGGGCUGGUGCCGAUGGACGCCGCAUGUGUGCCUGGGGAACGUCACGGCCGAGUGCCACACAGACGCCGAGUGCCCGGGCAGGCGCAAGUGCUGCCUGGCCGGCUGCGCCCGGACAUGCACCCCUCCCGAGACAGGCCCAGCCUAGACCUGGCCUGGGGAAGCGGCCGGCUCCAGGAUGACUCCCUGGCUCCUGCACCCUCCAGCCCCUGCCUGGGGGGAAGGGGGUUUCUUCCAUGGCUGCUGCCCCUCCAGGCUCUGUGCUGUGCCUGGGGGUCUGACACCCCCAUGGGGCAGAGGUCAGACCUGUCCCUUGCAGCCCAGAGCAUCCGCGGCCUCUGCAGCUUGAGUGUUCAUGUGGUUGACCUCCACAGCUCCUGGAGACAUGGCCAUUCGCCUCCAGGCUGAGCACAAGGAAUAAACGCUGGGCAC